GCUCUGUCUCUGUCUCUCAAGAAUGAAUAAACGUUAAAAAAAUUAAAAAACAAGUAAAAAAUAAAAAAACUCUAAGCAUUAAAAACUUGCUUUUCUGUUUUGAAGAUAACACAUGUUCGUUGCAGAAAAUGUGAACUAUACAGAAAACAUAAAAAAGAGAGUAAUCCUCCUUCCCCAACAUUAUUAGCAUUUUGGUGACCAUUCUUCUAGAUACCCUCCUAGGCUUAAGCAUGUAUAGUUGCACACAUUUCCAUACAUGUGAUUAUAUUGUGAGUGUUAUGUUCAACUUGCUCUUUUCAAUGCGUAAUAAUAUACUGUGUUCCUCUUUUAUGUUACUAUUGACAUCAUAACUUUCGAUAGUGACGUGGCGAUCCAGUGUACUGUAUUUUUGAACUUCUACUUUUGAAAAAAUGACAAAUUCAUAGGAGGCUGCAAAAAAAAAAAUAGUACAGAAAGAUUUUGUGUAUGCUUCACCCAAUUAAUCUGCAUAAUCUCCUCCUUCUCUUCCUUUUAUUUGUUGAAGCCUUCCUCCUGGAAACUUCUUUUCUCCUGCUCCCUUCUGGACAGGAUAUACCCGGUCCUGCUGUCCAACCUACAACCGGGGGAAUAGCUUUGUCUCCUCUCCGCUAGGGUUUCCUGUGUCCUGUGUUGUCUUUCACAAGUUACUCCCUCAUUCUGUUGGAGCGCGUCCUCCAGCAGCUUUCUGAAAGAGGGUGUAUGUUUUAAAAUACCUAGUGAUCCUCGGUUGACCGCUCACCUUUAAGAGUGCAGCACUAAAGCCUUAUUGCUUGUCAGGGCUGAUAACUGGGAAAGCUCCAACCUGAGUUCGGUCCUGGCCAUAUCACUGAGGAACAUCAAAACCUCAGUAGCUAUAGGAUACUUUUCUUGGAAUAGCCAGUUCUUCAGCAAAGAGUUUUCUCCUGGCUUAGAGCAUCGUCACCUGGCUGCUGCAGGCUUCUGGAGGCUGAGUGGAGGAAGUGGUGAGGAAAGGAUACGGCUUAAUUUUUCUAUACCUGAAUGGCAUCCCAUCCUUGCCCUCAGGUCCUCUGGCACGCACUGUUUCUCGGGAAUGAACUUUAUGUUGGAAUGUGGUUGAGGGUGGUAGGGUGGUGACAAUAGUCCUGGGCACCCCGGGUGACAGAGGAGAUCUGGGGCCCCAGCUGGUCAUUUAAAAGACUCACCACCAUCAAUCCCCCAUUUUUUUGCCUUCACCCUUCUUUUAGAGGUUCUCGAUCCUCUGGUUCUCAAGUGCUCCCAGGGCUCUAAACCUUCUCCCUGUCCCCUCUCCUUCUCCCCUCCCUCACUCCACACCUCUCCCCCCUGCAGACACUGGGGCUCAACUCUUUACGGUUGGCUAAACUGACUACCAGGUGGUCACCUCCUUGGAACCUCCAAAGUUUUGCUAACAUUUCUCACCUGCUGUUGACUUCUUUCCUCUUCUGUCUUUGUGGCUUUGCGCCCGUUUAUCCACUCACGCUCAUUUUAGUGGAGUUUCGGGGGGUUAACAUAGAUUUGCUAUAGUUAAGCAGACGUUUAUUGGUUUAUUUUAAAACCACAGAAAAUGAAGGCUGAGAGGGACAGACCCCUGCCCAAAGUCACACAGUGAAUUAAUGACACAGCUCAACAGGGUUACCUGUUGCUUGCUCCCAAGCAACUUCCCCCUGGGUGAAGUCAGCGCCCUGGAGAAGCCCCCAGACAGACCAUUGUUUUGGGGAGGGAGAGUGACUCAGGCAAAGCUGGUAAUGGUGGGCAUUUCUGAACAAACAAUCUGGGAUUCUUGGAGUCGCAGAGACCAGGCUCAGGGAUCCUAAAGCAGAGCAAGCCCACUUGCUCUCUGAGCCUCAGUUUCCUCAUUUGUGAAAUGCAGGAGUAACGAGGAUUAAUUAAAAUGCUACAUGUCCUGGGGUGCCUGGGUGGCUAGCCGAUUAAGCAUCAGCCUUCGGCUUAGGUUGUAAUCUCAUGGCUCUCAAGUUCAAGCCCCACAUCAGGCUCUCUGCUGUUAGCAUUGAGCCCGCUUUGGACCCUCUGUUCCCCUCUCUCUCUGCCCCUCCCUUGCUUGUGCUCUUUCACUCUCUCUCAAAAAUACAUAAACAUUUAAAAUAUAUAUAUAAAAUGCUAGAUGUCCUACCUUUGGGACAUGCUGGACACCUAAAAGUUAGAGCUCACUCUUUUACCAUGGUGACAAUGGCAUGCAUCUUUUCCAGGUUGGAAACUAGUUUUUGGAAGAGACUGGGAACAGGACAUGGAUGGCCAUAGGGUCUUUUUCCUCUGCCUGUGCCUCAUGAUUGCUCACAGUGAUACAGUGGGUAAGGGGGUGCUGCUGAACUGGGGGGCAAUCUGAGCCCGGGCCCGUGGCUGUGACGUGAAAGGGGGACGACCCAAACCAAGGGAGCUUGAAAGAGGGCACUGAGGUCUCCCGGGGCAGCAGCAAGGCUGAGGCUGUGGUAGAAGGGCCCAGAGGCUGUGGGGACAGAGGCUGAUGUGGAGGCGUGACCUGCCCCGCAGAGGAGUCCCAAGAACCCCUGAGCUGGAUGGAGAACCUGGAGAAGACGUCCAGGAGCCGCAAUGGGAGUUCGUUUCGUGGGGCCUUUAACUAUGGAUGCCAUGAAAUCGGGUGCAGAAUCGUGGGUCUCUGCAUUUUCCUGGGAAGGAGUUGCAAAGCUGGACCGAGCUCUCGAAUGGUCUCGCAGCUCUGGGUGAGGGGAUGGUGCUGAUGACUGGCCAGGGGGAGCACAGGGACUAUGUGGCAUUUCACUCAGUCAGCAGAAAAAAUCCAGAAAAAUCUUCCUGAAGGAGGUGUCCAAAGAUCUGGACCUGAACAAGAGGUAAUCAGGAGAUGUGGAUGAGUGGGGUGGAGAGGUAAGAGUGUGCCAGACACUGUGUGUGCAAAGGUCCGGAGGUAGGGGUAGCAGAUGUGGGCUGGGGGAAGCCCUGCCCUUAUUGGCUGUCUGGGGCCCCUCUUGCCCCCACGCCCACUCCAGACCCUGGCCAGCUCUCUCACCCUCAGGCUUAUCCGGGGCCUGGAGUGCAGCCUGUUGAACACCAGCUUCGAGGGCAAGAACCUUACCUUGCAGACGCACAGCAUCCAGACACUGGCCUUCAAGCUGGGCUGUGACUUCACUGGCCUCGCACUGAGCAGUGCGACUCUGGAGCGGGUCCCCCAGGCCUCGGUGCCGCACGCCAUGGAGUUCCCGGCAGAGCUGACCCAGAAUGCCUGCAGGACCCGCCCCAGGGAGCUGCGCCUCAUCUGCAUUUACUUCUUCACUGACUACUUUUUCCAGAGUAUCAACUCAUCUUUGCUCAAUAACUAUGUCCUGGGAGCCCAGCUGAGUCACGGACACGUGAACAACCUCAGUGAGCCGAUCAACAUCAGCUUCUGGCACAACCGAAGCCUGGAAGGCUACACAGCGACCUGUGUCUUUUGGAAGGAAGGAGCCAGCAAGGAUCACUGGGGGGUCUGGAGCCCCGAGGGCUGUCGCACAGAGCAGCCGUCACCUUCCCAGGUGCUCUGCCGCUGCAACCACCUCAGCUACUUUGCUGUUCUCAUGCAACUCUCCCCGGCCCCGAUCCCCGCAGAGCUGCUGGUGCCUCUUACGUACAUCUCCCUGGUGGGCUGCAGCAUCUCCGUCGUGGCCUCGCUUCUCACUAUCCUGCUGCACUUCCAAGCCAGGAAGCAGGGUGACUCCACAACACACAUCCACAUGAACCUGCAUGCGUCUGUGCUGCUCCUGAACGUCGCCUUCCUGUUGAGUCCUGUGCUGGCCAGGGCCGGGGCAGCAUGCACAGCACUGGCGGCCAUCCUGCACUUUGCGCUGCUCAGCUGCCUCACCUGGAUGGCCAUCGAAGGCUUCAACCUCUACCUCCUCCUCGUGCGCGUCUACAACAUCUACAUCCGCCGAUAUAUGCUCAAGCUGUGUGCAGUGGGUUGGGGGGUCCCAGCCCUCCUGGUGCUGCUCCUUCUUGUUGACCAGAAUUCAGUGUAUGGACCUCACACAAUCCCACUCUUCGACAGCCGGGAAAAUGGCACGGGUUUCCAGAACAAUUCCAUAUGCUGGGUGCGGAGCCCCUGGGUGCACAACAUCUUGGUCAUGGGCUAUGGUGGCCUCACAUCCCUUUUCAACCUGGUGGUGCUGGUUUGGGCGCUGCGGGCCGUGCGCAGGCUGCGGGCGCAGGAGAAGGUGCCGGGCACCCGGGCCUGCCGAGAUAGUGUCACCGUGCUGGGCCUCACCCUGCUGCUGGGCACCACCUGGGCCUUGGCUUUCUUCUCCUUUGGUGUCUUCCUGCUGCCCCAGCUCUUCCUCUUCACCAUCUUCAACUCGCUGUACGGUUUCUUCCUCUUCCUGUGGUUCUGCUCCCAGAGGUGCCGCUCAGAGGCAGAAGUGGAGGCAGAGAUGGAGGCGUUCAGCUCCUCCCAGACGAUGCCGUAGUCUGGGCCCGCUGGCCCAGAACCCGUAGCCUCUCUGGCUGCCUGCAGCCCGAGACUCUGGCUCCCACCAGAGAAGGUGGCAGGCCAGCUGCUGGACACCAGAAGCCCCUGUGCCCUCCAGGGAGGCUUCCCUACCUCCAUGGCUUCCCCGGGCCCAGAGGGCAGGGCAUUCUGCCCCGGGACAGGUGCAACCCCGCUGGGGGUCAGCAAACUUUACUGGGGUGCCUGGGCCCAGGGUACCCGGUCAGGCCCAUGGGCAGAGCACUGGCUUGGGAGUCAGGAGGCCAUAUUUCAAGGCUUGGCUCCGAGUCUUACUGUAUGACCUUGGGCCUGUCAUCUCCCUGACCCUGGUUUCCACAUCUGUGACAUGGGGCAGAUGGCUUCGGUCCUGCCUAGCCCAAGAGCUUUGUGAAGACUGAGUAAAACCAGGGAAGAAGGUCUUAGUGGGCCCCGUUACUUCCAACUGCCUGCUGGGGGCGGGGUCUCUGCCAAUCUGCCCUGGAUAUUUCCUGCUGGGCCUUGCCACCUUCCUUCUGGGGAGGGCCAGGCCACAUCUUGGCCCAGGGUCCCCAGCCCAGAGCUGAGUCUCCCCCAGUGUCUGAGACCUCACCAGCUUAUGCCUGAGGCUGCUUUUCCUUUAGUCCCCCCAAAUUAUGAUGACCCACAACUCCAGGCCUGUUCUUAAAGAUCAGGAAGUCCAGUCCUUCCCAGAAGCUCCUCCUCCAGUGCUCCCAAGACCCCUAUAGGCCAUGUAGAACAGAAGCUGGCGAUAGGGCUUCCUGGGGAGGAGGGCAGAGCUUCUUUCCCCUCCACCUGAGCCAGCUGGGCCUGUGACCUGGGUAUCUGAUGAUUGGUUAGGAUCGAAUUUCCCGUGGUAGGCGUGAGGGUAUGGAUUCUAAACCCAAGCUAAGGCCACAGUUGUAGAGACCUACCUUGAUCUAUCUGUCAGACCAAGAGGGGGAGGGCUCACGAAGCCAGCUGCAUUCCCAGGAUGCACACCAGAGGGCGCUGUUGGCCUGUGCUCAGAGGCCGUUGGCUCCAAAAUCCAUCUGGAAAUGUCACCUGUCUGUGGACUUGACACACAAGCUGCAGAGGUCCUGCUUCCAGAACUGCUCCUGCUGAGGGACCAAAGAAAGAGUUCUCACACCGUUUACAUGGCCAUUUCUCUCUUUUCCCAACGCAGCUGCCGGUUCUGGCUCUUCUGGGCAUAUCCGGUGCUAAAGCCGUGGGCUGGGGUAGGCUCUCAGGGCGCCGCCCCAGGCCGUCAGACAGGUAAUAAUGGCUGUGGAGGGCGCAGAGAGGGAACUGGAGCUGGAUCCCUUUUCUCCCGGGGGGAUCUUCUGCCCUCUGCUCAUUUCUUGAUGCAAAUAGCCCUUCUCUGGGUGGUGAGUACUGUGGUCUCUAGAGCCAGACUGCCUGGGCUCAGAUGGCUCUGCCACUUGCCAGCUAUGUGACAAGCCACUCAAGUUCUCUGUGCCUCAGUUUUCUAAUCUGUAAAAUAGAGGUAGUAGUAGGGGUGCCUAUUUUGAAGAUGAAAAAAAAAACAUAUAAAGAGGCUUAGCGCAUAGUAAGCGCUCAAUAAACGGUUAUCAUUGUUA